AUUGUUAAAUAAUUAUUGAAUCCAAGAAAAGGGAAAGGGCAAUAACAAGGGUUUCGAUUCUUUACCACCAUUUACAUAUUGGUUUCACCACCACCGUCUUCUUCACUCUCUCGCCCAACCCUCAAGAUUCUUGCAGAUUUUCUUUUUAGAUCGUAUCAUUUACCAAUCCAAUAUCCAAGAUAAAGCUUUUCCUAUCUAAUUAUUGGCCAAAAACAAUAUGAGCUUGGGUCCAGCUGUCUCGAGCGCUAAUGGCAACGUCGAUGAAUAUAUUUCUCAGCUCAUGCAAUGCAAACCCUUAUCGGAACAAGAGGUUAGGGUGUUAUGUGAGAAAGCUAAGGAGAUCUUGAUGGUGGAAAGUAAUGUACAGCCUGUAAAAAGCCCGGUGACCAUUUGUGGUGAUAUUCAUGGGCAAUUCCAUGAUCUUGCAGAGCUCUUUCGAAUCGGAGGGAAGUGUCCGGACACGAAUUAUUUAUUCAUGGGAGAUUAUGUUGAUCGUGGUUAUUACUCGGUGGAAACUGUAACAGUAAGUCUUGGCUGCCAUGCUUUCUUGUUGAUUAUUCUUUUAUCUUUUACUGAUAUCAACAACUUGAGGUCCAAAUUUACCACUAUUCUUUUCAUGCUAAUCUUUUUACCCUUUCAGUUAUUGGUGGCCCUCAAAGUGCGCUAUCCGCAACGCCUCACAAUUUUAAGAGGAAACCAUGAAAGUCGUCAGAUUACUCAAGUCUAUGGGUUUUAUGAUGAAUGCCUACGAAAAUAUGGUAAUGCUAGUGUGUGGAAGACCUUUACAGAUUUGUUCGACUAUUUUCCGCUGACUGCAUUGGUCGAGUCCGAAAUCUUUUGCCUUCACGGUGGAUUAUCUCCUUCAAUUGAGACCCUUGAUAAUAUAAGAAAUUUCGAUCGUGUUCAAGAAGUUCCCCACGAGGGACCAAUGUGUGAUCUUCUAUGGUCAGACCCAGAUGAUCGAUGUGGUUGGGGUAUCUCACCCCGGGGUGCUGGAUACACAUUUGGCCAAGAUAUAUCUGAGCAAUUUAAUCAUACCAACAGCUUAAAGCUGAUUGCAAGAGCACACCAGCUGGUGAUGGAGGGAUUCAACUGGGGUCAUGAACAAAAGGUUGUGACGAUCUUUAGUGCACCUAAUUAUUGUUACCGAUGUGGGAAUAUGGCUUCGAUUCUUGAGGUGGACGACUGCAAGGGUCACACCUUUAUUCAGUUUGAACCAGCUCCGAGGAGGGGGGAGCCAGAUGUAACCCGUAGGACACCAGAUUACUUUCUAUGAGGUAGCGGUUGCAGUCUGUUUUGGGUUGGGCGUGAGCCGCGUGCUGCUUCAUGCAAUUGCAAUGUAAAACGGGCAGGUGAUGGUUCGUUUAACGUAGCCGAAGAGGCUUGGAAGAAAAGGAUUUGGUGAACAAGUUAAGUGUAGGAGUCGUGAUUUAUUUUUGGCUGUAGAAGCAUAAAGUUGAUGGGGGAUGGGAGAUAAUAUAGAAGAAAGACGAUUUAACAUCAUAUGAUCAUGGGUUUUGAUUU